AUGUGUCAAUUCGAAUGUUUCAUUCGCACUUUUGUAGGUAUUAUACAUCCAUCGCCAGCUGUAGUUUCCAGCCCAUCAAAUGAUGAUAAGUACCACAAUCCAAUCGACACAAAGGCUGGUGAAUGUUUCAAGAACUACUUUGACGAUAUCCUGUUAAUUAUCAUUUACCAUUAUCCUUUCUACGACACACUUCCUUUACUCAUGUCGUUAUAUAAAGAUGCAUUUAAAAAUAUUGUGAUUUGUGGUUCAAAGGACUAUUCCGAGCACCCUAUAAUGGUGGUUGAUAUUGGCCCAGGAUAUUAUGGUUAUGAAUGUGUUGGCGAAGCUAUACGCAGGUACAGUACAAAUCGCUUUGGAAAUUACUUGUCAACAUUAUUUGGAUGGGAUGGACUGAACAUAACAGCUCUUAAAAGGUCAAUGUUGAGUGGCGUUAUGUUUUUUGGGGUCAGACGUGCCUUCGCAUUUUUUUCAAAACUGCACAAUUGCCCCAUUUCUGGAAUAAAAUGGCUUCUUUCUCGAAUGAAAGGCCUGUUCUAACGAUUGACCAAAUCAAUGUAGUUAUAACUUUUAGAAUAGUAUAAAAAAAUGUAGGAAAUAUAGGUCGUAUAUUAGCCUGGCCUCCAUCAAAUUGAGUGGUUAGAGGAAAUAAAUUAAUUGAAGAUUUUGAGACCGUUAAAGAAUUAUACUUAGCUUCUAUGUUACUGUAAAUUGUUUUCCUGAAAAGAAAACCAAAUUAGAAACAAAUACUCAAGUUUGGGUUAUUGUUGAGGGUCGUAGGUCGAGGGUCAAAAGUUGAGGUCGAGUGUCGAAAGUCGAGGUCGAGGGUCGACAAUCGAGGACCGAAAAUGGAAAAUAUUACUUUUUCUAUUAAAGUGGCACUAUCAUUAUUUUUUUUCAUAAUCCAGAAAUGUAACGUAUUCUUGAUAUUCUAAUCAAAAUUCAAGGCAAAAUUCUUUCAUCUUGCUGACCUUUUUACGAUUCUUAUUUGCCAAUUUUACAGCCGCCAUUAAACGCACGCAAUUAAACGAGAAGGCGUUUUGAAGAGGAUGUGACGUCAUUCACUCAACACGCCGAACGUUUUUAUUGUAUUUCACUGCUAUUUCAACAAUGAUGUCUUCUGACAAAGGAGAUUCAGAAACUUCAGAAAGUGAACAUUUGCAUGGGAGGAAAGCGAGCUGUGAUGAAGAAACGUAUACGGUAACUCAAGUUCAAGCGAAAAUAGUGAUGGAAAGAAGAAAUCAAACCUAGAAUUGUUGUUUGUUGACAAUAAAUGGCUAUCUUUGUUUGUUGUUGAAAACAUGACCUUUGGCCGGCUUUCGGUCACUAUUAAUAGUGUAACAACAGUUGAUUGGCUUCCUUGUUUUUACAAACUUACUUUUGAAGUUAAAAGUAGGCCUUGAAAGUUAUAGCUAUAAAUAAUAUUUGAACGCGUGCGUGUCUAUUGGCCUAUUUCGCUUUUCGCCUAAUAGUAUGAACGUUCCUCUUUCGAAAGAACAUGGUUUGUUCACCAUUUGGGCAAUACCCGUGACACGCAACGAACUUUGUUUUGUUGGGGAUUGCCUCCGUUGUUUCACCCAGAAAUUCACAAAAGUCCAAGAUUGAAUAAUAAAGAUGUACACGUCAACAUUGUUGUACACGUCAACAUUGUUUGUACACGUCAACAUUUACAAAGUUGUAAUAACCUGAAGACGGACAGUAAAACUGUCCGAAACGUUGUUAAAAAAAAAAUAAACCUCUUGAAAAAUCCUGUUUGAAAGUGAAUUGAAUUAUAUAAUUAAUGAAUAAUAAAGUUUAAUAAAAUCACAAUUCACACUCACUUCAUCAUAAGUUCGUCUUUACAUCUAUAUUAUUGUGUAUAUCACUUAAUUUCCCUGUUGCUAAUUCACUUAGGUUCUAUUCACUCGUAGUCUUACCAAGGACACGCUCUCGAAGAAGAGCCAAUCCCCAGUCGUCUCUGUAUUUCAAGCGCGUACGGAAGCAGGAAAAGUAGCAAGGCCAUGUAGGCGGUGAGCACACGCGCUGGGAAGGGGGAAACCGCCUGUAUAUUUCCUGCUUCCACCCGCCAUCUUUGCUGCUUCCGCCCGCGCUUCAAACUGAGUAACACAGAGACGACUGGGGAUGAGUCAGCUAUUAAGUGAUGUGAAAUUUAUUGCUCUGCAACGAUUCUGAGGAGUGAUAUUGGACUCGAUGUCGGAGAGUAUAUAUCAGAUAAGUCGUUAGCCUUCUACUUCUUUUAUCCUAUGUCGUUCUGUGUCAGUAUUGACGACCGUUCAACUACGACGAAAAUGUAAAGCCAUCGCAUCAACUAGACUCAGAAAGACAACAAAUGCAUUCUAUUAACAAGUUAGAUAUAUUUUUUACGUACAUAUAUUGUUAAUAUUUUUUAAAUUAUUUCGUUAUUAAAUACUAUAACGGUUAAAUAUUCUGUACAAAUAUUCAAAAUAUAUAGACCAUUCAGAGAUUGGGGCGCCUGUUGUUAAUCAUACAGAAAUAGGCCAAUAGACACGCAUGCGUUGAAAUAUUAUUUAUAGCUAUAACUUACAAGGCUUACUUUCAACUUCAAAAGUAAGUUUGUAAAAACAAGGAAGCCAAUCAACACUAUUGUUGUUACACUAUUAAUAGUGAGCGAAAGCCGGCCAACAGUCAUGUUUUCAACAAACAACAAUUCUAGAUUCGGUUUCUUCUUUUCAUCACUAUUUUCGCUUGAAUUUGAGUUACCGUAUACGUUUCUUCAUCACAGCUCACUUUGCUCCCAUGCGAAUGUUCACUUUGUAAAGUUUCUGAAACUCCUUUGUCAGUAGACAUUGUUGAAAUAGUAGUGAAAUACAAUAAAAACAUUCGGCGUGUUGAGUGAAUGACGUCACAUCCUCUUCAAAACGCCUUCUCGCUUAAUUGCGCGCGUUUAAUGGCGGUCGUAAAAUUGGCAAAUAAGAAUCGUAAGUCAUGAAGAUGAAAUAAUUUUGCCUUCAAUUUUGGUAAGAAUAUGAAGCAUACUUUAUAUUUCUGGAUUAUGAAGAAAAAAGAUUUAAUGGUAGUGCCACUUUAAUUCAUUUCUAGAAUACUACAUGUUUCGCAUUUGUUGUCAACAUUUUAAAGGUUUUCCUGAUAACUAUAAUUUUAUUAAUGUCAGUACAAGAACAAUGCCUUAGGGCAGUAAUUAGGUUUCUUUUUGUUUUUCAAGAAAGUGUAAAAUUACUAAAAGUAUUCGAGAACGAUGGUGAUUCGAAAAUAUAUUGUAUUUUAUUCUACUAUCAGAAUGAAUCGAGUCCUAACGCAGCAAAAAUCUGUUGCAAUGGUCGUGAGAUAAUUUUGAACCGAACUAAAAUCGAUCUAUUAUCUAUUGUAAAACUACACGCGAGUAACAGACGAGUAACAUAUAGCCUGUUACAGCCCAUUAAGCCUAAAACUAAUUUUAUGAAAAGAUCCUUUUCAUACCGAGGAGCUUGUGCCUGGAACAACUUACCCAUUGACAUCAUCAACGGGUAUGAGCAACUAUCAACAAUUCACUGAUUUUAAAAUUUUAAUCGACAAUUGUUUUUCUAUAGAUUAAAUGACUGUUGAUAAUGCUCACAAGUAUUGCAACAUGAUUUAUCAAUAUUGUUUUAUUUAACAUGACUUAUUUGUGUAAAUAUAUAUUAAUAUUUUAUAGGUUUAUAUAAAACGAUCCCUUGAAAAGCAGCAAUAGCUGAAGGGCUAUCGUUUCCAAAUAACUUUUAUAAAUAAAUAAAUAAAUAACAGACGUUAGUCUCGAAAAAGCGCGCGAGAGAAUGUCUGUGAGUUCCACAGAUUUGUGGAAAGGCCUCUGAUUGGACGGUGCUUUAUUUGAAUGAUAUAUGACAAUUGAAGCUAUUUCAUUGAUAAAUUGAUAAUUAGCAUGCGUUUAAAAUAACAACACAAAAAUUUUUAAUUCAGAGAUUUCCCUCUGGAGAUUUCCUCAAGAAUCAAGAUUUCCUUUGGGCACACGUUGGGGGCAUACAAAGGUUUGAAAGACUUGAAAUAUAAUCUGUGCGUUAAGGAAAUCAAGAUAAAAUUCUAGCGUUUGGACACUCAGCGAACAUUGCUGACAAAUAUAUAAAAUACAACAAACUAUCGGACGGAAAUUGACAAUUUAUAAUUGACAAUUAAAUUGACAAUCUGCAUGUUUAUGUCCCGACCGACCGCGACAAAGGAUUUUCUUUAAUGUGUUUAACUUCGUCUUACUUGGCCAGUUAACUUUUAAUUACUUUAAAAUGCACCUUUUCAAUAUUAACCAGUUGUGUUUAUAUUUAAUACUUUGUCUUUGUAAACAACUAUAUACGCCAUAUGUACGCCAAGAACUGAGCUUGUACACCGGACUUGCCGGCUAUGAUCACCGUUCAGCAUUGUUUGCAUUCAAAACAAAUCUCUUCAUCGAGAAAUAUUUGCAAUAUAUUUCUGGCAUGUAUCGUUUUUCAGAUUAUAUUUCAAGUCUUUCAAAAAUUUGUAUGCCCCGAAAGAAAUCUCGAUUCUUGAGGAAAUCUCUGAAUUUAAAAUUUUUGUGUUGUUAUUUUAAACGCAUGCCUUUAUCAAUUAACCAAUGAAAUACCUUCAUUUGUCACAUAUUUUUCAAAUAAAGCACUGUCCAAUCAGAGGCCUUUCCACAAGGCAUUAAGUCAGGUCUUAAAAUAUACUCACUUGGAUUACAAACCCUAACAUUCUAAUAUUAAUUCCACCAAGUGAAGUGCAAGAAACCAAAUCAUUGAAGCAUGCAAAUAGCUGACUUUUUAAGAAAAAAUGUAAGUUUGCGUGAAUAGAAAGGGGCUUAAACUAAGCCAAAUUGUCUGAACUUUUGUACAGUAAUUAAAAACCCAACUUAUUUUCAAUCUAUUGACUCAAAAUAUGAAUAAGGCUUUUAAAUUUCGUGCGCAAGCCAUUUUCAGUUUCUUGGAAAAGACACCUCCCCCCUGGUUCAGAAAAUUUGAGUUCCAGAAAUUUUUUUCAUUAUUCUACAUUAUAAGUAACCAAAGAAGGUAUAUACAUAAAAAACUGGAUAUUAAUAGCUGUUUUACGAAAUUGAGAGCAAUUUCACACUGUUAAUUUGAAGGUGUUAAAAUAACACCAAAAAUGGUGUCAAAUAAAAAGGUACCAAAAAUAAAACCUUUUUGGGUGCUAUUUUAACACCACUUUGUAGGGUGUCAAAUUAGCACCUGCAAAGGUGUUAAAAUAUCUCCAUUUUUAGUGUCAUAAUAGCACCCUUUUCGGUGUUGUUUUAGCACUCUAACCUUAGUGUUAAAAUAACACUCAAUUUUAGUGUUAUUUUAGCAUUACCGCGAAUAUUAAAAAUGUAUAUCCCUUCUAUCCAACACAAAAAACAAUUAAUAAAAUAAUCUGUUGAAAAAUUUAUUUACAUUACACUUUACAGCAUUACUUAUCUAUGUCAUAUAUGAAGUUUAUAGUAAAUUCAGAGUUAUUGCACCUAAAGUUUACACUAUAUAGAAACAUUCACAGAAAUAGACCAUGAUUGUGACGCCAUAACUCUCCUCGUACUACACUCUAGUCAUUAAAGAUUUAGAACAAUACCGUAAACUUCCAACUAUAAGCCCUGGGCUUACAUUCUUUCGUAAGCGAUUUUUGAUGGGCUUAUAUAGGGGGGGGGGAAACUUAUAUACAGGGGGCGUAUACAUGGACAAUCUUUUGUGUUAGUUUAAUAGUAAUAAACAAGUAUAGUAAUAGUGAUAAACAAGUGUUAAACAAGCAUAGUAAUAAUAAUGAUAGAUAGUUGUAAUAGUGAUAAACAAGUGGGCUUAUUUAUAUUUGGGUGGGCUUAUAUUCAGGGGGGGGGCUUAUAUUUGGAAUGAGGUGAGCGUUAGUACAUGCGGUGGGCUUAUACGUGGGGGAGAGGGCUUAUACAUGGGGGGCUUAUAUUUGGAGAUUUACGGUAUAUCCUGCAUGCACAAUACAUGCAUUACAUUAAUGAUAUAAUAUCAUCAUUAUCAUAAAUUGUGCAUUAUCAUAAACUGCAGGUUGUUGGCUAUAUUGCACAAUUUGAAUUUUUCACAAACAUUCGCUCUGCAAUCAAUGAAAUCAAACUUAUCUCUUCCAGAGGUCCAGUACCAAUAGACAAGGGGUUGAGAUCCUGAUAAAAGGGGUUGAGCAUCCUCUACACAAAAAGAUUUAAACAUAGAAUAAAUUUCUAUACAGUAUACAUACACAUAAUAUAGAUUACGUUCUUUCAAUUAACUUAUUAAGUAUCUUAAUCUAUGUUAAUUGUUUAAUCCAUGUCCAUACUAUAAACACACAGAUACUAAACAAUUGUUUCUUUAAAACCUGUAAUCACUGUAAUCAAUCAUACAGCAAAGUAGACUAUUCACUAGCUACAGUUGCAAACAGUAGAUUGUUUAACUACCUGAAAAAGUAAGAAUUUCUUUGAAUGAUUUUCUUAUUUUUCAAUCAGUAAUUAAACAACCUGCUUUUGAAAAUACUUCUCACAAUUACAUACUUUGAUUCAGUUGGAUUAUAUCAAUACAGUUUAUAUCCCUCACAAUCCAAAUGAAAGUUUAUGUUACCGGUGAAGAUAAUUUGUAACCAAUAGAAUCUUCGCUGAAUGGUACUCUAACUCAUUAGCGGGAGCCCUCUCCCCUUGACAAGUAAAAUCGUCUGGUGUUAGACAAAGUAAAAUAAUAAAGUAGGGUGCAAUUUGUGUGGCAUAGUUGACAUGAAGGGGGUAACUAGGCACAUGGGCAGAUAUGACAGUUAACCCAUUAAGAGCGAGUCUCUACAAAAAUUAAACAUACCGCGGCAAGGCUCAAAAUCUUAAAUUCGCUCUACUUUUGACUUUAAGGUAACUAUGACAAAGUAUGAAACGUCAUAUGGUUAGUUUUUAAAAAUUCUGUUUUGUUUAUGAAAAAAAGGCAAAAAAAAAUUUCAGCUGUGAGGAUCGAUUUGCGCAAUCGAAAAAUGGCCGAAAUUGCGUAUGUUUACUUAAUCCUGGUAUCCAAACCCUAAAUCCAAAUAGCCUUAUUAUACUUUCUGCUAAAGAUACAUCACUCCCUCGUUUAUUAAAAAUGGUUUUAUGAUAAUUGAACAACUGAACACAUUUGUGCACAAUAAAGAGCGACGGGUACUGAUCUUUAUUGUUUGUCAUUGCGUGUAAAAAGUGACAGAUUUCUCCAUUUGCCAUCCUUUCAAAUCUUAUGAGAUUUUGCACAAGCACUAUUGGAAAACUGCUCUUUUCAGAAAUGUAUCAUUUAUUUUGGGCAAAUAAAUUCACGCGCUACGAGAAAGAGUUAACUUUGGUUCAUUAAAUAUGCAAAAAUCACUGUUUGGUAAUUGACCAUUUGCGUAAUAGACUAAAUUUUGAUCUCAACAAGUCUAGACAAAAAUGUAAAUAUGUAAAAUGCGGAUAAUAUGGCCUUGCGAAAUUUGUAAUUUUCAGUCAUUUUAGAUUACAAACGGGAAAUUGACAGCCUCAAAGCGUAUCGGCUGUCAAUUUCCCGUUUGUAAUCUAAAAUGACUGAAAAUUGCAAACUUCGCGGGGCUAUACUAUCCGCAUUUUACAACAUUUCGCAACGAAAUUUUGGAAUAUUACUAAUUUUGUGAUGCUCUUUCAAGCUGUGAUGAAAUUUUUGUUUAGAUCAAAAUUUAGUCUAUUACGCGAAUGGUCCGAUUGCAUGACUAAAAACCCCUUGAAAUCAACUCGCUUAAAACAUCAUUGUUCUUCGCCUUUAGUUUAGAGAAUUUGAAGAAAACAUAAAUAUACAUACCUUGAAUGAAAAAAUUUUCUUUGAGCUGUUCCACUUUUGGAGUUUAUACCAGGAAUUUAAUAUUGUCGACCGUUCGGUUGUUUACAUCUCCGCCUUAUACAUCGACUCAAAGUUCUUGGAAUCCAAUCUAUCAGAAAUCAGCUAACAAUUCACACAACUUCCAUUCGUGUUCCAUUUACAAUUAUUAAUAUUCUUAGAAACAAAGAGUCAAAAUUAAUUUUGCAGAAAUUCUAUUUUAUUUUUAUACUGACAUAUCGAAAAAGCUAAAUGUUUACAUUAUAGGUGGCGGGCUUCCUGUCGAUUUGGCGGAAGUAAUGCCACUGCGAUGUAUUACUGUAAUGUUGUCAUUUCUUUUUUAAUAUUUUUUUUCUAUUAAGUGGAUUAUUGCGAAUUGAGGGUUUUUUUAUUGCUGUAAUUUACUUUUAUUUACAAUUAUUAAUAUUCUUAGAAACAAACAGUCAAAGUUAAUAUUACAGAAAUUCUAUUUUAUUUUUAUACUGACAUAUUGAAAAAGCUAUUUGUCACCAAAUGUUUACAUUAUAGGUGGCGGGCUUCCUGUCGAUUUGGCGAAAGUAAUGCCACUGUGAUGCAUUACUUGUAUUUUUAAUAUUGUUUUUAUGUGGAUUAUUGUCGAAAAAAUGCGAUCCGCACGCCGCUAUGCUAUUGUUAUCAUGAUUAAUUAAUAUCCGUCACGAGCACCCCAUAACAGUUAAACUUCCAUGAAAAGUCAGCAUAUUGGUAUUUGAACUGACGACUGAUCAGAGUGGUUUCGAAGGAAAUGGCACUCUCUAGACGCUGCUAUUUUGGUCCAAUAGUGGGCACGGAUUGGCACAGAUUAUUCAUUUGAUCGCAGAGAUAUCAAUACUGCAGUAGCAUUGCUUCCGCCAAAUCGACAGGAAGCCCGCAUCAUCUAAUUAUAAAUGUAAAUACUUUUUUCGAUAUCUCAGUACAGUAUAUGAAUAAAAUAUAAUGUCUGCAAUAUUAAUCUUGACUCUUUUCUGCAUGGCUUAUUUUUUUAUUUUAUUGGCUUAACUAUAACAAUUGUAAAUGGAAUACGAAUGGAAGUUGUGUAAAUUGUUAGCUGAUUUCUGUUAGCUGGACUCCUUGAACUUUGAGUUUAAUAUGUAGUUAAGUUAGGGAUAACUCCAAAAGUGGAACAGCUCAAAGGAACUUUUUGCAUUCAAGGUAUGUAUAUUUAUGUUUUCUUCAAAUUCUCUAAACUAAAGGUGAAGAACAAUGAUGUUUUAAGUGAGUUUAUUGCAAGGGGUUUUUAGUCACGCAAUCGCCAAACAGUGAUUUUGCAUAUUUAAUGAACCAAAGUUAACUCUUUCUCAAAGCGUGUGAAUUUAUUUGCCCAAAAUAAAUAAUACAUUUCUGAAAAGGGCAGUUUCCCAAUAGUGCUUGUGCAAAAUCCCAUAAGAUUUGAAAGGAUGGCAAAUGGAGAAAUCUGCCACUUUUUACAUGCAAUGACAAACAUUAAAAAUCAGUACCCGUCGCUCUUUAUUGUGCACAAAUGUGUUCAGUUGUUCAAUUAUCAUAAAACCACUAUUAAUAAACGAGGGAGUGAUGUAGCUUUAACAGAAAGUAUAAUAAGGCUAUUUGGAUUUAGGGUUUGGAUACCAGGAUUAAGUAAACAUACGCAAUUUCGGCCAUUUUUCGAUUGCGAAAAUCGGUCCUCACAGCUGAAACAUUUUUUUGCCUUUUUUCAUAAACAAAAGAGUAUUUUUAAAAACUAACCACAUAACGUUUCUCACUUCACCAUAGUCAACUUAUAUUCAAAAGUAGAGCGAAUUUAAAAUUUUGAGCCUUGCCACAUAUUUCUCAUUUUGUUUGAUUUUUGUAGACAGUCGCUCUUAAGCACCAGCUCUCUCCCCUUGAUAAGUAAAAUCAUCUGGGAUCAGACAGAGUUAAAUAGUCUGGCAUUAAAUAAAGUAAAAUAAUAAAGUAGGGCAUAUCAGGGCAUAAUGCAACUCAAUUUGUAAUUUUCUGUGGUGAGUCGACUACAAAAUGAAAAUUGGUAUUAUUUUACAUUCCAAGUUUAUUUGUAGAUACUGUAAUUCAUUGUCAAUUAAUAAUUUAACGUCAAUUAUUGAUCAUUUAUUGGCAUUAAUUGUCAAAUUGCCACAAGAUAGCAGAGAUAAGUUCACAUAAAACCUACCCACUUAUAAUGUCGAUUCGAUGUUGUUGUGGCAACAUUAUUAUGGACGUGGCCCCUUAAACAGUUUCUUUAUGCAUAAAAUUGUGAGCCUGGAAAUUCUCAGAAGCAUACAAACAAUAGUAUGAGGGACUCAAACAUGUAUCCUCAAUUAUAUUCAGGGAAUUUAGGAACAUUCUACCUGGGUUGUCUGGAUAUUAAAUAGAAAUACAGCUAUUUACUAUGAUAGCACAAUAUAGAUAACACAAAGGAAAGAUUGUUCUGCUCUUAGGCCACAUUUACAUGAAACUGGGACGAAGUCAAACUGGAAGGAAAAUUGAAAUUGUCAACAUGUUUACAUGAGAUCAGUACAAAAAUCACAAAAUUUUCAAUUUAUUCCCCUUGCUAGGCAAUUUUCUUGUUCAGAUGGCUUUUGUUAGCAUAUGUUGUUCCAAUGUCAAGGUUACAGCCAAGACCGGUCUGAAAUGUAUUUGUGUUUACAUUCAUGCCGGUCUGAAUUCAUGCCAGUCUAAAGACAAUUGGCUUGAUCCAGCAACCAGAAUGACUUAAGCUGGUCUGUCGAGUUAUUUUCAUCCCGGUCGCUUGUGAACAUCUAUUAUAGAUCAUACUAUGAGCAAAACAAAAUGGUCCCGGUUUGACUUUGUUGUGGUCUCAUGUAAACAGGGCCUAAUACAAGCCAUAGAACUUGCUUUGGAGAUUAUAUCAAUAUUAAUAGCUAUUGAGUCAACAUUGAUAUCCUCUCAAUAGAUCAAUACAUUAACAAAUAUAAAUGUUUAUAUUGUUAACUUUAAUGUAUUGAUCACUACUGAAAGGGUAUCAAUAUUAACUCAUUUAGCUAAUAUUUAUCUAAUUGCCAAAGCAAGUUCCAUGGCUUUGUAUGAGCGAACAAUCCUUCCUUUCUGGGCCCUUGUAAAUAUAAUUGUAUAUUUCAUACCUUCUUGCAGCCUGUAUAUAUCAUGAUUUCGACAGUUCAAUUUGCUUAGAACACAUACUAUGACAGUAUUUAUUGCUUGAAAUUAUAACCUGUCAAUACAAAGCAAUAUCACUAAGUUUUAAUAUAUUUUAAUAACAAUAUAUUGUUGAACCAAAUGCAAAAUACAAUGCCGCCAACGGCAAUGGCGGUUAAAAUAUACAUGAAUAUAUUACUAUUUAUGGCACAUAUUUACACACAAAACUUAAAAAUAUUGACAUAGUUGAGCACUUACAUUUACAAUUAUUGUCUGAAUCUUCAAACAAUGGAGUAUUUGGCUUCUUAUUUUCUACUAUAAUUUAAGAAAUCUUGGCUUUAUCAACAGACGUUAAAUUAAAAUUUCCAAACGACGCGCUAAAAAUGUGCUCGCUAAUCCUUCUGGGAGGCCCUUCUGAAGGCACUGAUCUCAAUCAUGUGAGCAAUCCAGUGCAAAUAAACCUGUAUUUCUAAGUUUUUUUUGACAGAGACUCUUAACUUUAAAAUUCUAGCUGUCUUGGUAUAUCUCCCUUGCAUGAACAUAUUUUGUCAUCACCACACAAUUUCUUUUCACUGCAUAUUUUUACUGUUUAUCACUGCACACUUUCCUGACAUCACUAACACCAAAAUGACAGAUUGCUUCGAUUAUUUUUUAUUAGUUUUUCAAUGAGGCCCUAUAUACAAGGAUUACAUUAAAGGCGAUAAUAUGUAAAAAUAUGAUCCUUUGCUCCAUUUACUUGUCUGAAAAACGUAAACCGCCCCUACGUGGUCCGCCACUUUGAAUCUGAAAACCGGUUCACGAGGUGCUAUUUUGCCACCCUAAGUUUAACUCUCAAAACGGUGCUACUUUAACACUUUCACUCAAUAGAAUGGGUGUUAUUUUAACACCCUAGAAAAGUGUUAAAUAUCUAUGGUGCUAAUUUAGCACUUCAAAAUCAAUUGCCAACUUCAUGGUGUUAAUUCAGCACCCAAAUUGGUGUUAGAUUAACACUUUUUAUUUAACACCACCACAAGGUGUCAUUUUAACACCUACGAAGGUGCUAUUUUAACACCUUCAAAUUAACAGUGCAUAUCUGUUCAGGUUUUUUUAUACGCCCUGUAUAGUGGUGUCUGCUAAUUCGUUGUUGUAUCCAUAGGUAUCCUGAUUACCGUGGUUACUUGUACAUAAAUGACGACAUGAUUGUGAACUGGUGGACAUUCCACAAGCUUGAUAAGGAGAAAUUUUGGCUGGGUGCGAAAUUUGUGGUAGAUGGAGUUCAUACCAUGUGGAAACGACCAAUAAUAACCGGAUGGCUUUGGUGGAGCAUGUCGAGCAAUUCUGCAAAGGCUUGUGAAAACUCUUACUCAGAAAUCAUUAAACAAUAUCGCUCAAGUAAAUAUAUAAAUGUCACGAAAUUGAUAGAAACUCAUCUUGCAAAUGGCGAAGGAGUAAAGCGUUGUUUUAACACGUGGUCAGAUCUAUUUUAUGUACCCAAGAAGUUCAGUGAUCAGUGGCAGCGGAUCUCUACUGUAUUUCAUAAAAAUCGAGUAUUUUUGGAAGUUUCAGUGCCGACCAUUAUGAGUUUCAUAGACUUACAAAGUUCAUGGGAAUUUCAUUUGGGGUUGUAUCUACCGGACAAGUAUGGCUGGCGUAGGUUUGAUGAUGGAAAAUUAGUUUGGGAAAGUUAUAAUCAUAAUAUUAAAUUUAUGCAUCCUGUUAAAUAUCAUACGGCCGUAUCUAAAAUUAACGUAGAAAAGUUAAAGAAUGACGUAAUUCCUUAUUCUAAACGGUUCUUAAAAUGUUAG